AUGGGACCUUCAGGCACUGCCGUUGUUGUCAACAGGGCUGGCUCAUGUGCAGAAGUGCCAGACGAUUUGCUGUGUCCAGUGUUGCAGACGGUUAUGAGGGAUCCUGUUGUGAAUCUUGCUGGCAAUACCUACGAUCGCGUCGCUUUGCAGAGAAUAACGACUCGCGUCUGCGGACGGUGUGUGGACCCACUUACAAAUGAGAUUCUAUCACAUAGCAUUUUGAUCCCAAAUUGGGAUAUGCGGCGAAGAGUGCAAUCGUUUUUAGACAUGCACCCAGGAUACGUGCCAGAUGGUUGGCCUGACCGGAGGAUGCCAUUGCCAGCCUCACCGACAAUCCCGGUCGAUGGAUGUGUGAUUUGUGAAGGACUGGUGGUGAUGAUAGUGAUAUGUUUGUCAUUCGUUGUGACUUUUAACGCGUUGGACCGCGGUGGUGGAUAUGGAGUGCAAGAACUCAAGGGGACAUCCUUUAGCCUCGAGGAAGAGCUCGCAGACGCUCCAGCAACAGGCGUUGGUCCGAACGACUGGGUAUCAAAUGGUGGUUCAUGGCGGCCCGCCUUGUUCAUUGUAGGAGGUUUGUCCAAUAUCCCCCGACUCGUUGUGGAUAGGCGGUCGCUGGUUUUGCAGUCUUGGAGUGUAGCCUUCUUGUGCGCGCUGCUGUCUUACAUUGGCUUGGCCAUGAUGGAGUUUUCUCUGGUCCUGUACAUUGUUCCUCGUGCCGUCAUGUCUCGACUAGCACUUGGAGGCACUUCUUUAAUGAUUGCACCAGCCGCAGCCGACUUGGCAUACGAUAUGACGCAAUUGCGCCACAGAUAUCAGAGGGUUAAGUUCUUGUUCUCGUUGCUCCAAAGCCUAGGAGGAAUGCUGUUAUGUCUUGGUCUGGUUGCAUGGAGAUUUCCCGCAUUUGCCAGCAGUCCGACUACGCUUGCCGGUUCGAUAUUGCUUUCGGUGGCUAAGGCGUUUCAGAACAUGAAUUGGCACAUGGAGGGUGUAAUCCAAAGAUUUGUUUGGACUCUUUUUGGCUGUAGCGGGUUUGCUUGGAUAUGUUUUGGCGCCAUUGUUGAUUGGAAUCUGAGUUUGGCUCUAAACUCGCUUGCGUUGAGUGGGGCGACUCUUUCCGUAAUUGGCGCAUCUGCAUCUGAGGCUGGGCAUGACAGAGUUCAGAGCAUCUCAUUGUCUGGCGCCAUGAUGCUGAUUAUUUGCGUAGCUGCUUCCGCGGUAUGCAGACGAUAA